GUUUUAUUAUUUUUGAAAAGCUAUGACUGGAAAAAUGUGAUUACAUUCCAAAAUACUUAGGUGACUAGUUAGAUAAAAGUAGGUUCUGUACAAAGAUUAACUGAAUCUAUCAUUGCAAAUUGUACUAUUUAAUAAGCAGCAAUAUUGAACUUAAGUUACAUCAUAAUGAUAUGUGUGUAUGUAAAUCAAAAUGUUAUGAAAGUACUCGGGGCUGCAUUACAAUAUGGUAUAAACAUUAUUUUAUUAGAACCAACGUUUAGCAUUAGAACUUCUUUUUUUUACGUAAAUAUAAUACCAAGCAUAAAGAAUUCAUAGUGAAAACUGUUUUUCAUUCCUGCUUUAAGAAAUCUUUAUAAUUAAUUUGUAAAUUUACGUAUGUUCCGCCAUUUUGUUUAUUUUAUAGUAAUUAUCUCUAAAAUUCUUUUAUUUUUAAUUAUUGGUGCUUAUGAUUUAGUUAUGUAUUCGUAACAAUCAUGACAGUAACUAUUUAAUUGAGGUAGAGCGUCAUUUAUUUGGAAUUCAAUUGUUUUUUUUUUGUUUUUUAAAUGCGUUAUCGUGCAUAGCCUUCACUAUAAUACCAUUCACUUUAGAAUAAUUACAUUAUUUAGAAAGGUAGCUCUGUUUUUAUCGCAGCAUAUUUUUUUUUCUCUGGAAAUUAAAUACAUAAUUUAGAAAAUGUUUAUGAUUAAUCAUUCAUAUGUAUUGAGAGAAGGUUUCUUUGUAUACCAAUUGAACUAGGGUUAUAAGGUAUGUUUUGGAUUUCUUAUGUUUACAAUUGUUUACUUGCGAGUGAUUAAAUUUAUUAUUAUUAUCGCUCGUUAAUUAUUAGUUUAACGCACACGAUAUUGUAUGGCGUUCAAAUAUUUAAUAAGAAAAGUUUCCAAGCAAUAAGGUUAUCAAUGACAACAGUUUAUGAUCUUUUACAGUGAUUGUAAAUGAAGAAUUAUGAUUUUUAUGUGAUAUAGUCAAACAUAUUAUUUACAAAUGUUGUUAAACUUACAAAACAAUGUGUAAAUAAAUUGGGUUACAGUCAAAGUAAUGCAGGAUGCAUUUGUUCGAGACAUGUUCAGCCUAUCCGAUGUGAAUAAUUCGAGAUAUAAUGGACAUGUUCAGCUUUCCUCUUGUGGUAAAAGUACAGGAGGGAAAAGGGACAGAAAGGGUUGUACUAAAGGAAAAAUUGAGGCGAUAAUGAAAAAUAAUUCCGUUCGUCCCAAAGUUUGUAUUUCAGCAUCUGUAAAAAAGCCAGUAUCUACAGUAAACAAUCACAGUUUAUUCAGUAAUCAUUCAGUUAAAGCAGAACAAGAAGAAGAUCCUUAUACUUUUACUGAACCAGAACCUCAAGCAUUAAGUCUUUACCAACCUUCAGGAAGUUCCAAUAAGAAGCCCAGUCAAUUACGGCCUUCACCUACAACAAUGGUUUGUCAAGAGAAAAACAAGGUCGAACAUGGAAAAACCCUUUUAAAAGUUGUUAAAACUCCAGAGGGUACUUCUAAGAUGAAUAAACUCCAAGCUGACAUAGCAAGAAACAAAGUUAUAGGAAAACGACGAAAAAUAAAUGAACAGUCAUCUCCUAAAGUAAAUGAAUGGGCCAUCAAAAGAGAACCUGGAAAAGUGUGUAUAUCAGCAAAGAGAAAAAGUAUAUGGCAAAGAGAAAGAAAUUCUAAGCAUGAAUUACUUGAGAGGAUACAUCAAGUUCAGAAUAAUUUGAACCAGUUCACUCGUGACCUGUAUCCUUUAGAACCUGUUGUCAAGCCACUAAAUGAUACUCUGUUUACUGGAAGUCAAUGGGUUUUCCAGCAGGUUUCCGCUCCGGCUCACAAAGCCAUGUCAACUCAUCAGUGGCAGCAAAAGAACAUUCUAGAGUUCAUCUCUGCCUCGGAUUGGCCCUUAGGAAGGCCUCAUCCCAACCCACUAAAUUAUCGGCUUUGGUCCAAACUGGAGAUGAUGGCAUGCCGCAGAGCACACCAUAAUUUGGAAAGCCUCAAACAAUCUCUGGUCCGAGCAGUUGAGCGUUUUCCUCAAGAAGUGCUGGGUGCUGCUAUUGAUGACUGGCCACGGAGAUUAAAUGCCUGCCUCGAAGUAUCAGAUUCUGAUUCCGAUUCAGAACCUGGGAUGGCUGUUUACGAGAGAUCAUGGUUCUGCAGUUCUGGGGAGGGAUUACCCAGAGAAAGGCGAGUCGAAGAAGCUCGUGCUUCUCUUCGAAGACGCCUCCAUCAUACAGUACGUGCGCUGAGGUUAACUGAAUUGCCUCCGAAAAAUCUGUACACUGCCGUUAUAGCCGCCGCCAGAAGAUUUCCUAGUGCUACCGCAGCUAUCCUCGAUCCAACUCUUAGCUUAAAACCACAUUUACCAAUAAAUAGAGGAUCGAUGUUCCUCUUAAGAGGAGAAAAGUGUUCAUACCCGGAAGGAUGCGAGGGGCAAGCCCUACCGUGUACACGACACUGCCUCAGGCAUAUUAUGUAUAAUGUCGACCAGCGUUUGUUUUCGCAUUGUACUGCAAAAUACCCUGAUAACACCCAGUGCACGACCCCGGUCUUCGAUGUUCUUCAUCAUUUACCCUUAUGUCAUAGGCAUGCGUCAUCGGUAACAUAUGAAACACAAAAUAGAUUAUCAGAUUCAAGAUCUGGUAAGAAGGUGAGUAAGAAGAGUCGAAUUUUGGGAAGUAGUAAAAGAAAUAACAAAAAGAGGAAAAAGUUGGGUAUUUCUCCUUCAGCGCCAAGGCAGUCUAAUGAUGUUACUAGCACUUCUUCUCCGAUACCAGCUUCUGUUCCAGAAACCAUUCUGGAAUCAGAAACAAGUACUAUAGUUCCCCAACCUCAUGAUAAAAACGGCGAAUACGAACCAACUAGGGAAGAAACAGAAGAAUUAGAAAGAGCACUUGAAGCUGUGAAUAACGAUGUUAGGUCAUUAGAAACUUUGAGUAGGAGUUUACCUCUUCUCCAGCUUCCAUUAGAUACGAUGGCACUCCUUGAUGAUCCGACACCUUUUACUUCUUUUCACAACGGAUUCCCCCCACCCCAAACCCAUCAGUCAUAGCCAUGCCGAGUUUUAAAAAAUAUUUUAAGUAUAUAUUUUUAUUAUAAGCUCCACUUUUCUUUCACGCUUUACGACUGUUUUUGGCCUACACUAGUUUAUUUUAUUUUAGUCGGUGUCACACGUACGGUAAGAUGUAUAUUAUUUUUAAAUUUUGUAUUUAUUGAUCAAUUGCAGUAAUGUGUUUAUUAAUGCUGUUUAUAAGUCCAAAGAUUUUUUUUUAAUAUUGUUUUUUCGGAUGGAGUAUGUGUAUAAGUGAUUAUUAGUUUGACGUAUUUGUGUAAUACUCUGCCUGUAAAUGUUCUAGUUACGUCUGUUUGUAAACUGGCACACACUACCUCAUCGAAUAGGUAAUUAGUAUUAUCUUGACAAAUAGCCAAUUAACGUCAACAUUUUUUAUUAGCUGUGUUAAUAUUCGUGGUGUUCAUACUUUGUAUUUGAAAUGACUUAAAAUUAGGAAAAACGAGGAUCCUUACUGCUUUAAUUGUUUAAAUAAGAAAAAAGGUUUUUAAAAAAAAAAAUUAAAAAAAAGAGUUUUAAGUAGGAGAGUAUUACAAUUUUAAUGUACCUGGUAAUAGGGGAACUAUAAAUAUUUCGAAGUGUAAAUUAUAAUUAAGAAGAAAAUAAAAACAGUUUUUACGUUUUUUGUUAAUGUGUAAAAUGAAUUAAGACAUGAUUUGAAGAAAAAAAUAAUAACUUUUUAAAACCUAAACUUAUUCUGCUCUUUUUUAUCAGGGUUGUUACUUAUAUCUUUUAUAUUUAUAAUGGUUUGGGCAGCGUAAAACAAAGCUCAUUUAUAUGUAUAUAAUAAUUAUUAAAUUAAUUGAAUAACAUUCGAUUUAAGGUUUAGUUAGUAUUACUUUGACUGAACAUUGUUAGCAAUUAAACAAACGCUUUAGUAAUUGUAAAAGAAUUUUCUUGGCAGAAAAAGAACAAAUUAGAAAAAAAUUAUACUGUCCAAAAAGAAAAAAAAAAAAAGAUCGUAACAAUGUUAAUUGGGUCAACAUUUUAUGUUUGUUUUUUUCUCUCUUUUUACGUUUAAUUUAUUAAUUGUCAAAUUAAUAUGAAAAUUAGAUCCAAUUAUAUAUGACUGAGCAUAUUUAUUAAGGACUAGUUUGUUUUUGAUGUUCAGAAUAUUUUUUUUUUUUUUUAAUUUAAAGUUAUAAUGUGUCUCUUUUGGUGAUAAUAGUAUUAAUAAUUACUUUUUAAAAGUGAGCGUAUAUUAUGUUAUUAGUUUAUGUCGCUCUAGUUGAAAAUAUUUACACAGCCCUCAGUUUAUUCCAGGCAUAUAAUUAGCAUUUGGGCAACCUUAAGAAAAUUUAAUUAAAAAAAAAAUGAAAUCUUACAUAUUUGUAAUAUUGUGUUACAUCUUAUUAUUAAUGCUUGUAGUAAUCAUGUAGAUAUAAUACUUGUCAGUAUGUACCACAUUGAUCUUCACCUUAAUCGCUAUUUGUAUCAUAGUAAAUUGUAGAUGUUGUAUUUAUGUCGGCCAUGUCCCCAUAUUGGGGAUCAGCCUAGGGAUUUAAUUGUAAAUGUGAUCUGUAUAUUAUUAUAAAUCUAUUUUUAUAGGAAAUUUCAAAACAACACAAAGUUUUUUUUUUCUUUCUUUCAAUUUCCUACUAAUUAACUAGCUAAUUCUGUAUUUGCUUUUAUUCCUACCUUCUUAUCGUAUUCCUCUUAUGUUUUACUAUUUGCUGUUUUGGAAGAAAUUAAAAAAAAAAAAUCUGUUGCGGUGCGCGCAUCACACAACUUUCACUUACUAUCAACUUCUUAGCAAAAAUAGGUAUUUUCAAACAAAGGGAAGUGAAAGUAAAAAUGAUAGACGGUAUGAAACAUUAUUUAAAACAAUUAAUUACCAUAUGUUUUUCAUAGCCGUCUAAUGUAUUAUAUUUAUUUUUUUUUUUACUAGCUAUUUCCUUUUACAACUGUAUAUUUCAAUUAUUUCUUUGAUUAUAAUAAAUAAUUAAGUGCUACGAAAUAUUUUUUGUCCGACAAGAGUGCCACUGAUAAAGAAGGCCACCACUAUAUUAAUUUAUGUUUCAUUGUGGGUAUUUUUAUUUGUUUAAGUACCGGUAUAUACCUAGUCCUAUCACAAAUAUUGUUACAAGGAAAUAUAUACAGAUUUCUACAGAAAAAUUAAUUUUUUCAAUAACUUUAUUAGAAAAUAAAAUGUACAUCUAUAAAGAGUAAAACAAAAAAGAAAUUACUCAAAAUGUCCCCCUUUUGCCUUGAUUCAGGCAUUUAAUCUCCAUGGCCAGUCAUAAAUAGCAGCAGGUAACACUUCUUGAGUUAGUCUCUGUUCUGUCAUUCUUUGAAAUGCACCCAUCCUAAGGUCACUUUUUAUUAUGUGAGACAUUGAUUUGACAGAGAUUCCCAUUCCCAAGUCAUGAUUUGUUGUUUCCGAGUGGAAUUUCUUCUGAUUUGAGCAGCCACUGCUCUCACUACAUUUGCCGUUCUCACAGUUCGGGGACAGCCCAUUCGAGGUCUGUCACAUUCAGAUAGGGUCUCAUUAUAUCUAUUUAUAAUGCGGUACACGAACAUACAGCUGGUAACUAAAGGUUUCAAAGUGUUGAAAAUCUCUGACCUACAUUUUCCAACUUUGUGUAUGACGAUCACAGCUAUUUGGUUUUCUUUAUCACCCCACUCUAUGUUAACUGAGAAAAAGAAAAAUACAAACUAAUUGGGAUUAUUAUCCUGACAUGUAAAGAAAAUAACCUAAUAGAGAUAAGGAUUAUCUAAAUAAUACCCAAGGAUGUGAACAAAGUUAACUUUUGUAACAGUAUUUAUGGCAGAUCUUAGGUAUACAAAUUAAAAAAUAUAUAUAUAUAAAUAAA